UCGUUGACUCGUUCUGCUCGUUCAUUCUGUGGUGGGAUUUCGUCAAAGAAGGUCUUCAAUCAAUAAAAAAAUGGCUGGUAACGCUGGUAACUCCGGCAUGGAGAACUUGAUAUCUCUGGUUAAUCGCCUGCAAGAUGUAGCAACUCGUUCAGGGGUGGCUAUGGACAUGGACUUGCCACAAAUUGCUGUUGUUGGAGGUCAAAGUGCUGGCAAAUCAUCAGUACUUGAAAACUUUGUUGGACGUGAUUUUUUACCAAGAGGUUCUGGAAUCGUUACUAGACGUCCUCUAGUUUUACAACUUGUUAAUAAUGGCAGUCGAAAUGAAGAAUAUGGAGAAUUUUUGCACUGUCCAAAUAAAAAAUUCACUGACUUUGAUGACAUACGAAGAGAAAUUGAAGAAGAAACUGAUAGGAUAAUUGGUGGAAAAGGGAUAUCUAAUAUUCCUAUAAAUCUUCGAGUUUUCUCACCAAAAGUGUUAAAUUUAACAUUGGUUGAUUUACCUGGUCUGACGAAAGUCGCAAUUGGAAACCAACCGAUCGAUAUUGAAGCACGUAUCCGUAAAAUGAUACUAGAAUUCAUAUCCAAAGAAUCAUGUUUAAUUUUGGCUGUAACACCUGCCAACACAGAUCUUGCAAAUAGCGAUGCCUUGAAGCUCGCUAAAGAAGUUGAUCCAAAAGGCACUAGGACAAUUGGUGUAAUCACAAAGUUGGAUCUGAUGGACGAAGGAACAAAUGCUCGAGAUAUUCUUGAAAAUAGAUUAUUGCCAUUGAGACGAGGCUACGUUGGUGUCGUUAACAGAAGCCAAAAGGCGAUCGAUGACAACAAAGAAAUUGUUGCUGCCAUUGAUGCAGAAAAACAAUUUUUUAAAUGCCACGAAGACUAUAAACAUAUGGCUGACAAACUUGGUACACCUUAUCUCCAAAAGGUUUUAAAUCAACAGCUUUCAAGUCACAUUCGUGAAACAUUACCAGCAUUAAGAAAAAAAUUACUCGACCAAAUGGAUAUUUUCGAAAAAGAUAUGAAACCUGAAAACAUGAAUCUUGAUGAGUCAGCUGUUAAGACAGAAACGAUGAUUUCGUUGAUUAAUCAACUUAAAGCAGUUUUCAGCAACUCAAUCGGUUGCUAUGAAUCUGAUGAUAUUGGAAAAAGCUUAAACGGUGGAUUCAAAAUCCACCACUUGAUGCACGAACAUUUUUCUCAAGAAAUCGACAAAAUAAAGCUAAGUGACGAUGAUUUAUGCAAAUCAAUUAAACUCGCUAUUUUAAAUAUUCGUGGUGUUAGAUCAGGCAUGUUCACACCCGACAGGGCUUUUGAGGCUGUUGCCAAACAACAGAUUGUUCUUUUAAAAGAACCAGCCAUGAACUGUAUUAGCCAGGUUGUGUCAAAACUACACGAACUGCUUGAUGACUGUAUACAACUGCUGGAUAAAUAUCCAAGAUUACGUGAGAUGGUUGAUGAAAAAAUUAUGCUAUAUGUCAGAGAGUGCAAAGAAAAAUGCAGACAACAGCUAACUGCUCUUUUAGAGUAUGAGCUAUCAUAUAUCAACACAAAACAUAUUGAUUUCGUUGGACUCAAAGGAGUGAAAUCACAAUUGAAUCAUCAUCAAAAGGCUGAUGAACACGAAGACAAUAGUUAUUAUGAUGGUGAUGAUGAUGAUGCAAGCCAAUUCGAUAUUACAAAUAUUCUCAUUGAAGACAUCAAAAAUAAUGGUAUUAUAGAUCGUGAGGUUGAUACAUUUAAAAUUUUGGUUGACUCAUACAUGAUGAUUGUCACCAAAACUGUUAAAGAUCUUGUUCCUAAAACAGUGAUGUGUUUGAUCAUCGAAAAGAUCAAAAAAUUUAUCGAUAUGGAUCUUUUAUCUCAGCUGUUUGCUAAAGAAGACAUUUUCACAUUGAUGGAACUUUGUGAGGGUGAAAAAAAUAAACGUGAUGAUUUAUUACGUAUGUACAACGCUACCAAAGAUGCAUUAAAAAUUUUGAGAGAAGUAUCGUCAUCAAUCUCAAAAUCUUGAACAGCAACAGUCCUCUUCGUUAUUAAGUACAAAAAUAUUAAUUUAAUUUUAACAUGAUGUCACAUUUUUUAUUGAUUAAUAAUUUUUUUUACUCAGUCUAGCAAUUUAUAUUUUGUUGAAUACAUCUGAGCUAAUCAUUUUGUAACUAAGGUAGAUUGAUUUUGCACAAGUACUUAUAAUUUUUAUCCAAUCAAAUGCAUGAUUUUAGUUAAAAUAAACUAAGAGUUUAAGUGCUGACUCAUUUACUUCUUUUUUUC